AUGCAGAGCCUGUGGGCGGACCCCACAUGUGGCGACGGCUCGUGCGACCGCCCUUUCCAGUUCCCCGCGUUUGGCCGCUUCGGCUGUGAAGCAGACUGCGGCAUGUUCCCCAACCGCACCUCCGUCGUCGUCAGAUUCUCCUCCCACCUCGACACGCAGCAGGCUAUUGACGAAUCUUCCUGGAACCUCUGCAUGGUCAACCCGGUCUCCCUCUGCUGGUACGAGGCAUUUCAGCCGUUCCCCCGCGGCGAGGCGGAAACAUCAGUAGCGUUGGACAUUCCGGACGGCGACUGGGUGGUGCUGCUCAACGCGCCUGCGGGGGGCAUCCGCGGCACCGUGCACGUGGCCCCUCCCGGCACGCGCCGCCUCUCCGUCGUCGGUGCCGCCUCCACCAUUGAGCUCGCCUCUUGGGGGUCCUGCGCGCUUGAUGAUGGUGCUGUGGCAGCCAAUCAGACAGAGCCAAGUGGCGGCGCUACUGUCGCUCCGUCUGACAUCUGUCGUGAUGUGAGUGAGCGUGUCGUUGCUCUAUGUGCUACCGCGGCGCUCUUCCGCUUCCACCACCCUCACAGCUAUGCGCGCCGGCCCUCCUCUACUGCCCCUGGCCCACAUGACACCACCUCCCAGCCCACUGCAGCAACAGUGCCCUGUCCUGCUGCCCCUGCUGUCGGCCUUCCUGGUGCGUCUGCCUCUUACGCUGCCGCAGCACUCGCAGCAGCGCACCCGCAAGAAGCACAGUGGUCUGAAGCAACACCAGCAUCAGCACCACCAUCCCCAGCAGCACCCAUGCCAGCAGGCUCACCAACACCAGCAGCGACGACCGCGGAAGGAACAGCAGCCGCAACAGGCCCCUCAGAACCGUCCCUCUGGUCCCUCCUGGGUGCCACGGACCGGCAGCGACUGACAGUCCUGCAGGUGGCGGUGUCGCGCGCUCUCUUCACCAUGGCAAAGGACCGCUGCCUUGCCGGCCGAGCACCGGGAGCAAGCAGGAAGCACGCGCAAGGAGGGCCGGGCAGUGUGCGCUGGAACAUGGUGGCGUGCUUCUGCACCAUUCUGGGGGGGCCGUCUGAGACGCUGGAUGAGUGCCGGCUCACGGAUGCAGCAGGAAAACCGGUGGUGGAUAUUCCGGACAUGUAUGUGUACCUGCGCAGCACGCACGUGAGGGGCGGGCGCGUGAUCUCCUCGCAGCACAUGAGGAGAUUCGUGCAGACGAUGGCGGCGGCGCUGCGGUCCGUGACGCUGAUUUCAGACGCGGCGGCUGCGCGCCUCAACACGCUCAUGCACUCGUUUGAUGAUGCCAUUGUGACCUCCGAUGCUGUCGGCUGCUCUCAAGGUGCGCAUGGCAUGUGGGAGUGGUGCUGGGUGCAUGUGUGCAUGGAUGUUUACUUGUGUGUGCGUGAGAUGCGCUGCACGCUUAUGCACUCUUUCAAUGAUGCCAUCGUCACCUCCGAUGCUGUCGGCUGCUCGCAAGGUGCGCAUGGCAUGUGGACCUGGUGGUUUGUGCGUGCGCAUGUGCGCGUGUCCGUGGAUGUAUGGGAGUAUGUGCAAGGUGCAUGUAUGUGCCGGUGCGGAGCAUGGCUGCAGUGGCGGGCGGGUGUGAAGCACAACACGACCAUCCAUGUGGGCGACAAGGUCACAUGGGUGUGGGAUGACGACCUCCCGCACUCACUCAAAGUGGCGGCGAUGGGUGAGGAAGAGGACCCGCUGUUUCUAGGCUUUGGAGGGCAUCGCUUGGUCGUGUCGCGCAAGCUGGCAUGCACUCCCAUGAAUGUGGGCCAGUGGGACAUUUCUGAAGAACCACAGCCAUGCGUGCUCAAGAUGGAUGACGAGCCCCCCAACUCCUUCUCGUACAGCAAGGUGUUUGACGAGCCAAUCACGAUCCACUACGAGGACGGCACUCUCUCUGUUGACGACUCCUCCUCCUCCUCAGCGUCCGCAACCUCUGCUGUGUCUCUUCUCACUGUGCUGCCUGCACCGACAGGAGCUGAGCUUGCUGACCUUGGGAACGCCACUGACAGCAGCACUCUCUCGGGCACCGCACGUGUCACUACCACCAACACCACCACGCCCUCCACCUCCUCCUCCGCCUCCUCCUCCUCCUCUUUGCCAUCCUCCGCCACCGCCGCAGCGUACGAGUGCUCGCCGGGGUGCCGGCUACAUCGCCUGGCGAACGGGGUGUGCGAUGCGGCGUGCAACACGCCCGUGUGCGCCUUUGACGGUGGCGACUGCGCGUGUGUGGACCCGCUCUUUGGCCCCGGCAUCUGCGCCUGCCCGCCCGGCCACACCCGCCGCGACGACGGCUUUUGCGCUUUCUGCCAGUCAACUUCUUAUCUUACCAUCCCUGCUCUUCCUUCCUCACACACCACUCUCCCCUCCUCCGUCCCCGCCCUCCCCCUGUGGCCAGCAUGCUGUCUAUCCACGGUGGUGGGCACGAAUCUCAACUUCCCCUUCUCACUGCAGCGCUACGGCCCCAACUACACCGAGAGCAACUUCGCCUUUGCGGCUGAGAGGGGCGUUGCUGUCAACCGCUUCGUGUCACGUCGCAACCGCCUGCUGCACCUGGCGGGGUGGUGCAGCAACGGCACGUCCACGGAGCCCUUUGGAGUGAACCCGCACUUCCUGCCCACAUCGGCCAUCUACGACAGCGCUGCCAGCGCCAACAUGAGCCAGCUCGACAACAGCACCUUCGGCGUCAAGCUGCGCUUCAACCCGCAGGGCCUCCCCUACGGCUUCAUCUACCCCGUGGACUCCCUCACAACCCUCCCCCUGGUGUUUGAUAUCAAUCUUGACUACGAGGCAGCCAUGCGCCGUCUACACUACCUGGUGGAUGGGAGCUAUAUUAACAAUGGCACUCGCAGCGUGGACGUUAGCUUCAUCACCUUCAACGGCGAAACACUCACGUUCGUGCUGACCACAGUAACCUGCACGUUGAACGCUGGAGGCAGCAUGGCGGUGACCAUAAAGUCACAGCCGGCAGCCAUGGCCAUGCACGAUGCAUCGGCAGACAACAUGGCACGGCUGGUGCUGGAGGUGGUGUAUCUCGUGGGGCUGCUGUGGAACGUGUGUGGCGAGCUGCAGGAGAUGGCCGAUCGCGCUGCCGUUGAUGGCUCUGUGCUGGGCUACUUUGGGCUCGUGUGGAACUGGGUUGACAUGCUCUCCCUCGCACUGCAACUGACUGCGUUGAUCAUCUCAUCUGAAGCCAUGCUUACGGUUGCUUCCUCACUGCUCAUCCAUCCCACCCACACGCCCUACUUCUCUCACUCUCCUCAUGCGCGCGCGCGCGUGUGUGGGUGUGUGGGUGAGGGCAGGGUGGUGCUGUGGCGGUACGUGGAAUCAUUCGACAUGCAGCCACGAUGCAACAUCUACUAUACGCUACUGGAGAUGCCGCGCUACUCUCAAGUCGAAUCACACGCCCCUUCCUCCUCCCUACCACCCCCGUUGUGGCAUGUGUGUGUGCAGGGUGGUGCUGUGGAGGCACGUGGACGCAUUCGACAUGCAGCCACGAUGCAACAUCUACUAUACGCUACUGGAGAUGCCGCGCUACUCUCAAGUCGACUCACACGCCCCUUCCUCCUCCCUACCACCCCCGUUGUGGCAUGUGUGUGUGCAGGGUGGUGCUGUGGAGGUACGUGGAAUCAUUUGACAUGCAGCCGCGCUACGACAUAUACUACACGCUGCUCGAGAUGCCGGGCUACUCUCGAGUCGACUAAGAUGCCCCUUCCUCCUCCCUAUCACCCCCGUCGUGGCAUUUGUGUGUGCAGGGUGGUGCUGUGGAGGUACGUGGACGCAUUCGACAUGCAGCCGCGCUACGACAUCUACUACACGCUGCUGGAGAUGCCGCGCUACUGGGCCGUGCCCAACCCGCCCACGGGUUUCAUCAGCGCCACGCAGGCCUUUGCUGAGCUGCGCAACAUCAUCAACCUCCGCGCCGUCUACUUCUCCCUCCAGGGCAUCAAGUGA